AUGGAUCUGCAGGACUUCCUUCUCCGUGCUCGAGUUUUGAGGCUUUAUAGACAAGCAUUGAGAAUUUCUAGUCGAGCCCCUUCUUCUGCCAGAGAUGAACUGAGACAGACACUCAGACAAGAGAUGGAAAAUAAUAAAAACUGUAAUGACAAGCAAAGGAUCCGUUAUUUGAUUAGUGAGGGAUUGGAUAGACUGAAGCGAUUGGAUGAAAUGCUUGAUAUGCAAGGUCACUGA